GGGAAGUGAGAAACUACUCUGGACACUGCAGAGGAAGCUCACUGAGGAAUGUCAUCCCACUUUUAAAAGGGAGAGCUGAGAUAGACUGCAGAUUGUAAGAUUCUGGGAAUACUACGCAGCGAGAUGAAACGCCAACACAUCAUAAGUCUGCAGAUGAUGUUACUGGCGGCUUGCGUGGCUGAUACCCUGCUCCAGAAAUCGAACCGUUGUGACAAGAAAGUUCUAUUCAGCAGUACUACCCACUGCCGCUCCUGUGUCCUAAACGCCAGGAUACGGUGUCCGCAAAAUACGACGCAGGUCACCAAAGGGGUCGGAUCAAGGGACUGCAGAUACCGGAUCCCACUCCAAAAGUUCUUCCUAUCAGUGCCUGGCUGUCGUCAUGUUUGUUUGAAGGAUAUCAUCGAGCAUCAUUGCUGCUCUGGCUACUGGGGAGCUGACUGCAUGGAAUGUCCAGGAGGUGCAGCGGCCACUUGCAGCAACAGAGGAGUUUGUUCCGACGGCAUGGGAGGGAACGGCAAUUGUAAUUGCACGGUUGGCUUUGGAGGAGCAGCCUGUGAGAAAUGUGCCAAUGACAACAUAUUUGGAGCAGACUGCGUCUCGGAGUGUGAAUGCGUUCAUGGGGACUGCAACGGUGGAAUCAAUGGUGACGGGACAUGCACGUGUUUCACGGGCUACAUGGGAGCUAAGUGUGAUCAACCCAUACCUGCUUGUCGAGCAUUACAGUGUCCUCCCAACACCAGAUGCUCAGAGGACGCGGAAACUGGAAAGUUGGCGUGCAAAUGCCUGCCAGGUUACCAUGACCAGGGGAACUCAAAGUGUGAACCUAUUAAUCCGUGUCUCAACAAUGCCUGUGGUUUGAAUUCUGUGUGCACCUUCCUCGCUGCCAACACUUUCACCUGCCAUUGUGAAGUAGGUUACCAUGGGGACGGGCAGAUCUGCCAACUCAUCAAUCCAUGCCAGACCAAUUUUGGGAACUGCCCCACAAACUCAACGGUUUGCCAUUACGAUGGCCCAGGAAAGGCUCAUUGUCAGUGUCUGGAUGGCUACAACAGCCUGGAACCAGGAAAAGGAUGCAGUAUGGCUGAUGUCUGCAAAACCCACAACACGUGUCAUAAAUAUGCCACCUGCACCACUGUCAAUCCAGGAGAGAUUGAGUGUACCUGCAAUAAAGGCUAUAUAGGGGAUGGCAAGGUUUGCUAUGGAAACAUGAUGGAUCGAAUCAAAGACCUGGACACUCAGCCCGGUGGUCUGUGGGAGGGCCAAGUAACAACGGCCAUGUUGCUUUUUGAAACUGGUUACUCCAGACCACUGACCAGUAUGGGACCUUUCACAUUAUUUCUGCCAACUAACAGGGCCUUUAAAGAUGUGGAUAUGAAAAGCCUCUUGUCGGAUAAGGACAGAUCGCGGUACCUUGCAAAGCUCCACAUCAUUGCUGGACAAUUGAGCAUUGAAGACCUAAAUGACAUCAAAGAAUUUUUCACUUUGACUGGAAGAUCAGGAGCGACCAUACGCAGAGAAAAUGAUAACCAGCUGAGGCUUCGCAUUAACGGAGUCAACAACAAGGCCCGGAUCCUGGCUGGGAACAUCGUCGCCUCCAAUGGUCUGAUACACGUGAUUGAUAAGGUGAUGGAUGGGGCCCAACCAACAGUCAUGAGUAACGAGAAGAAAACACUCUACACAAUAAUUUCAGAAAAUGCAAAUUGCAAGAGGUUCAUGGAACUGCUACAGAAAAGUAAUCUUGACCAGAUUCUACAUGGUUCUCGACUGCUUACAGUCUUUAUCCCAAACAACAAGGCUUGGGAUAAUGUGGAUAAGAGCACAAUGGCUUACCUGCUUUCAGCUGAGGGCAAGCAGAAGCUUAAAGAACUGAUGAGACAUCACAUCAUUCCCAACAAUGAGCUGGGAAUUUCAAGUCUUCUCGUUUCGUAUAAAAUUCUGACCUUAGCAAAUCAACUUGUUGGACUGAAUGUGAGCAGAAAUGGGCGGAUUUUGCUGGGUGACCAGAGUGCGGCUGUUGAAGAAGGAGACAUCUAUGGCAAGAAUGGCAGGAUCAUCAUUUUAACUGGAAUUCUGAUUCCUCCAUCCAUCGUGCCCAUCAUUCCCCAUCGAUGCGAUGAAACGACGCACAGAAUUACCCCGGGCUCAUGCGUAAGUUGUUCUCAGCUUCACAGCAGUACCUGUCAACCCGGAUCUACCCCAAUGAUUACUUUUGCACAAGGAUGCCUGUACAGGACCUAUAUAAUGGGACUGGAACUACCAACUCAAGGUUGUAGCAAAAACUGCUAUGAAGUGAUCACGAUGCCAAGAUGCUGCAGUGGAUUCUACGGCCCCGACUGCAGGAUCUGUCCGGGUGGUUUCCAGAAUACCUGCUCUGGCCAUGGACACUGCGUGGAUGGAUUGGAGGGGAACGGCACGUGCGUUUGCGGCAGCAAGUUCCACGGCUCAAGAUGCCACCUCUGCUCGGACCCGCGCAAGUACGGACCUGACUGCGACCAGACCUGUCCCUGCGUUCAUGGCCAGUGCGACAACAAGAUGACCGGUGUCGGCGCCUGCAAGCUGAACUCCUGCAAGGCGGGAUACGCUGGGAAGUUCUGCGAAAGGCAGACUACUCCGUGUGGCUCCAAUAUUCAAUUCUGUCAUGCCUAUGCCAACUGCGAAUACAGGAACCGUGGUCUAAGUUGCGUUUGCAAGCCAAAUUACGAGGGUGACGGGUCGUACUGUGAAGAGAUGAAUGCCUGCGCUCAUCCAGACCGAGGUGGCUGCAGUCCCAAUGCGGAAUGUAUAAAGCUGGGAGAGGGACGGUUCAAGUGUGAAUGCUUGCCUGGUUGGAGUGGAGAUGGGGAGGACUGCACUGAAGUCAAUAACUGUCUACUGGUGGACCGAGGAGGGUGCCACACUAACGCCAACUGCAUCUACUUGGGACCAGGCCAGAACGACUGCGAGUGUAAAAAGGGACACCGUGGUAAUGGCUUAGAGUGCGAGUCUGUAAAUCCGUGUCUGGAGGAGAACGGAGGGUGCCAUUAUCUGGCAACUUGUUCGUACGUGUCUCCAGGAAUCAGAGACUGCAGCUGCCAGCAAGGUUAUGAAGGAGAUGGUCUGAUAUGCUUUGGAAAUGCAAUUGUGGCUCUAAACUACAUCCCAGAAGCUGCAGAAUUUCUCAAGUGGGUCAAUAAUGCUUCUCAAAGACGCCUUCUUUCAGACUCAGCAAAUUUCACCUUACUUGUGCCCUCGCAGAAGGCUGUCACUGACAUGAGCAAUGAGAACUGCAUUUUCUGGCUCCAAGCAGAAAGGCUUCCACACCUGGUGAAGUAUCACGUGGUGAAGGGAGUCUACAGCCUUGCCGAUCUUCUGAACCUUACAUCCGAUUCACUGCCAACGAUCAUGCCCAGCGUCUUCUUAUCCCUUGCCAAGAACAGUGAGAACGCCAUAAUAGGAGGAGCAAAUCUACUCAAUCCCAACAUAGCUUUAACGAAUGGGAUAAUGCACAUUAUUGAUAAGGUUCUAAUACCUGACCAGACGAUCAGCGAUGCAUCAUAUGGUCUGCUGGCAAAACUAAACCUGAUGCCUGGGUAUUCUCGCUUCAGAGAGUUUAUCGUGCAACAGGGCCUGGCUGCACAAAUUGAGAGUGCAAACACCUAUACUGUCUACGCCCCAAACAAUGAGGCCAUCGAGAAGUACCUCCGGGAGAAAGCCUUUAACGCUCUGGAUGAAGAUGUACUUAAAAACCAUGUCAUUCUGGGUCAGAAGCUGAUGGAAAGUGAUAUGCACAAUGGGAUGCAUCGCGAGACGAUGCUUGGAUUUUCGUUUCAAGUUGGUUUCUUUCAAAGGCGUGGCCAGCUUUAUGUGAAUGAUGCACCAGUUAACCUAACCGAUGUGGAAACAGACAAAGGAGUGAUCCAUGGACUAACCAAGGUUCUGGAAAUCCAGAAGAAUCGAUGUGACACCAACGAAUCUUCUUUGUUAGUGGGCAAUUGUUUGAGCUGCCAGCAGAAAGUGGAGUGUCCAUCUGGAUCAAGUCCAGCGGUGGGGAAAAGAAAGAACUGCAUCAAUACAGUAUAUGUGAUUGGAAAAAGGAUAGCGUACCUCGGCUGCAUAUCAAGCUGCGUGCAAACUGUGAUUACUCGAAGUUGCUGUUCAGGCUUCUAUGGGAAACAAUGCCAAGCAUGCCCAGGAAAGAGUGGAAACUCCUGCUUCGGGAAUGGAAUUUGCCAGGAUGGAUUCAACGGCACUGGUAUCUGCGCAUGCAAGGAAGGUUUUACAGGCACAGCCUGUGAGACCUGUGUUGACGGCAUGUAUGGAACACAUUGUGAUCAAGAAUGCAAAUGUGGUCAUGGUAAAUGCAGUGAAGGACUUAAUGGGGACGGCACUUGUGAAUGUGAACCUGGAUGGAGGGGCGUCGCGUGUGAUGCAGAAACCGCUGACAGUCUGUGUGGUGACAUUUGCCAUUCAAGUGCUAAUUGCAUCGAGACAGUGGGCUAUGCCCACUGCAAAUGUGCGGCUGGCUUCAAAGGCAACGGCACCUUCUGCGAAGCUGUGGAUGCCUGCAAAACAAACAAUGGAGGGUGUUCAGCCAACGCGAACUGCAAAAAGACUCUCCCAGGUCAAAGACAGUGUCUCUGCCAGCCCGGGUACACGGGCGAUGGACUCGUAUGUGUCGGAAUUAACCCCUGCUUGGAGAACAAUGGAGGCUGCCACGUCAAUGCUGAAUGCACUCAAACUGGGCCAAACCAGGCCGUGUGCAAUUGCUUACUUAACUAUGAAGGUGAUGGGAAGACCUGUAAACCAAUGAAUCCGUGUAAAGUGGACAAUGGUGGCUGUAGUCCAUCUGCCAAAUGUAAUCACACUGGUCCCAAUGAACGUUCGUGCAGUUGCUACCCAAGGUACGUGGGCGAUGGAAUUACCUGCAAAGGAACCAUAUACAAGGAGAUGUUUUGGAAUGUCGCUUCGUACCGCUUUUUCUACUUCAUCAAGGAUAACGGCAUAACUGAACUCGCCAGCCCAGGUCCCUUCACUGUGUUCGUUCCUAGAAACGAAGCUUUUGAAAACGAUUCCCGGAUAUCCGAAUGGAAAGCAAAGGGACAAAUGUCCCAGAUAGUUCGUUACCACAUUGUGGCGUGUAACCAACUGCUGCUCAAUCGCCUCAUCAAGAUGAAGGUUCUCACGUCCCUUCAAGGAGAAACCAUCCGGCUGUCCAAUGUCAACAACGUCUUGAUGCUAAACAAUGAAGCAAAGAUCAUUACGAGUGAUGUCAUCAAUGGUAACGGUGUGAUCCACUAUAUAGACAAGUUACUCGUACCACAAAAUCAGUUUGAUGCUCCCAAGAAUAGUCAGGUAAACUUGACAACGCUGGCAGCAGAGAAUGGAUACUCUGUCUUUGUUAAUCUUCUACAGGAGACAAACCUAUUGAACAUGAUCAGCGACCCAGCCCAUAAACCUGUCACUGUGUUCUUACCGAGAGACAGCGUGAUGAAGUCCUUACCUAAAAGUCAACGGGAUUUCCUAUACAAUGUGGAGAACAGAAAUGCCUUGAUCGAAUACCUUAAGUUUCACAUUCUCAGGGAUGCCAAGAUUUUGGCAGCCUACCUGCCUCAAAUUAACGCAGUGAAAACACUGCAGGGAUCUGACAUCCGAGUGACCUGCGGGCAGCGAAGGUCUAAGGGUGAACUGUAUCUGAACAGGAGACGCUGUAAGAUUUCACAGAGACAAAUGGAAUUCACGGAUGGUAUUGCUUACGGCAUAAACUGCUUUCUAACUCCUCCCAACAUCGGUGGUCGCUGCGACAAGUUUUCCUUUGUUGAUAUUAUGGGGGCCUGUGGUAGCUGCAUAAACCCCCCCUCGUGCCCUUCCACCACAAAACCAAAGGGAGAGACGGUGAAGUGCUCUUUCCGUAACGUUUUCCACGAGGACGUUGAUGGCUGUCAGCAACCAUGCACCCUUGUGAUCUUGAAGCCCACUUGCUGUAGUAAUUACUACGGGAAGAACUGUAGAGCUUGCCCAGGAGGCCCAGAGAGCCCAUGUUAUGGCCACGGCGUGUGCGACGAUCAGUACGCAGGAUCAGGAAAAUGCACCUGCAACCCUGGGUUCAAAGGCACAGCCUGUGAACAGUGCCAGCCAGGGCACUGGGGGGCGGAUUGUACAAAAUGCGAGUGCAAAGAAAAUGGACGAUGCGAUGAAGGUAUUUGGGCCGAGGGAACUUGCUUCUGUAAUGAAGGAUGGACAGGUGCUCGCUGCGAAACACAACUCGAUGUGAAGCCAGAGUGUUCGCCCGCUUGCUCUGCUGAUGCGAUCUGCAAGGAGAACGGCACCUGUGAAUGUAAACUCUACUACGAAGGUGACGGAUGGACAUGUACAGUUGCCGACCAGUGUGCACAGGAUAAUGGCGGCUGCUCGGAAUUUGCCAAGUGCUCUCAGAGUGGAGUAAACGUCAGCUGCAAAUGCCAAAGGGACUUUACUGGGGACGGCUAUAUGUGCGACCCGAUAGACAUCUGUGCGGACGGAGACAACGGAGGCUGCCAUGAACACGCAACCUGCAUAGUGUUCAGGCCUAACAGACGCAAGUGUGCAUGCAAAAAUAAUUACGUUGGGGAUGGAACUAAUUGCACAAUCAAAGAGGUUCUUGUUAAUCGAUGCGUCCAAGACGAUGGAAAGUGUCAUGCAAAUGCUGAAUGCACUGACCUACAUUUUGAAGAUAAAAAAUUGGGAGUGUUCCACCUACGAUCUACCAAGGGGCAGUACAAGCUCAACUACACCAAAGCGCAGGAACUAUGCAGAGCUGAGGAUGCAGUAUUGGCAACGUACAACCAGCUAUCCUACGCCCAACAGGUGGGCUACCACAUGUGCGCAGCUGGAUGGCUGAAUGGACAGAGGGUGUCUUACCCGACCAGUUACUCCAAUCCCAAAUGCGGUGAGGGUCACGUGGGCAUUGUGGACUACGGCCCCCGAAUCAAUGCCAGUGAGACAUGGGAUGCAUUCUGCUACCGAAUGAAAGAUGUGGAGUGUGCGUGUCAGAAAGGUUAUGUGGGAGACGGAUAUUCGUGUAAUGGGAAUCUGUUGCAAGUCCUAACCACCAUCGACAAAUUCUCCUUCUUCCUAACGCAAAUCCUCAACUAUGCAAACACCACAUCGAAUGGUAGACGGUUUGUGAACAUUCUCACUGAUCUCACUGUCAAAGGCACCCUGUUUGUUCCAGUCAACUCCGGAUUCUAUGAAAAUACAACCCUAUCUGGACGAGAUAUUGAGCACCACUUCUCCAUUCACGACACCUAUGUAUACCACAAACUGCAAAACGGCACCAUUAUCCAGAGCAAGAUUGGGCAGUCUCUAUUGGUAACAGAAACCAAAAACACUUCCCCGCCAAGCCCAGAGUUCAGUCAGCAGGUUGGAAAGCUUGUCAACCAGCGACCCAUUGUUGCCUGGGACAUGGUAGCUUCAAAUGGGAUCAUUCAUGCCAUCAACAGGCCUUUACAGGCCCCUCCUGAACCGGUUAAAACCCCCGUGGUUCACACUGGAGUUGGCCUCGGAGCGUUCCUUGCCUUUGUGCUGGCAAUAACAGGCUUGGCAGUCGCUACCUAUUACUACUACAGUCACAAAAGAGGACCCUUCAGCUUCCAGUACUUCAAGUCUGAAGACGAAGAAGGUGUGUCAUCGUUCGACGAUCAAGCUCCAACCAGAUUUAAUAACCCGAUGUACAACAAGUUUACAUCUACAGCUGAUGGUGACGAUCCCUUCCCUGAUGAGCAUAGACUGUCAACAGACAUUGGUCAUGAACAAUAGCAAGAUCAACAUUGUUAGGCGUGGACCAUAAAGAACAGCAAUUACGGCCUCACGUCAGCAAACUUUGGACUAGCGUGGAUUAGGAGCUGGAGAACAUCUUUGAUCGCGGAAAAUGAAGUGACAAAAAUUAAUUCUACGUUUCAAGUAUCUUUAAGUGCCGAUUCAAAUCAAAUCAGCAAAGUAGCUUUGAGCAAUUGUUGUAAGAUUAUAAAUAUUUAGCUGAGAGAACUGAUCAAAGUGAAAUAUUAAAAAGAUGUUUAAAAGCU